AUGGCCGCGCUGACGGCUUGGAUCAGCCUCCUGGCGGCGGCGGCUUCGUGGAGGCGGAGGCAGGUGGCGCAGCCGGAGGGCGGGGCCGCCACGCCGGGGCCCAGAGGUCAGGCGGCUUUGCGGGCCUGGCCCCCGCCGGCCAGCACCAGAGGGGCCCUGCGGCGCGGGCUGCGGGGCUUCGUGCUGCCCACGGCCGCCUGCCAGGAGGACGAGGACAUCUUCCCCUACAAGAUCCUCUUCCAAGACCUUGACCGCAACGGGGACGGGGUGGUGGACAUCACGGAGCUCCGCGAAGGGCUGAGAAACUGGAGCUCCACGUUUGGCCUGCAGUCGGAGAAGGAAAUUUUUAAAGCUGGAGAUACCAAUGCUGAUUCAGGAUUGGACUUCCAAGAAUUUUUGCAAUACCUUAAAGACCAUGAGAAAAAAAUGAGGCUGGCAUUUAAGAGUCUGGACUUAAAUAAUGAUGGAGUAAUAGAAACUUCAGAAAUAAUCACUGCUUUGAAGUCACUGGGUGUAGAUAUUUCUGAAGCUCAGGCAAAAAAUAUUCUCCAAAGCAUGGACAGCGAUGGGACAAUGACAGUAGACUGGGACGAAUGGAAGUACUACUUUUUACUUCAUCCCGCAAAAAGUAUCGAUGAAAUUGCUGGCUUCUGGAAGCGUUCUACUGUCAAAGAUGCGGAUCUUGGCAUCAGGGACACCUCAGCACAAAGGAGACUUUGGAUAAUUGACAUAGGGGAGAGCAUAGCUAUUCCAGAUGACUUUACCGUGGAAGAAAAGAGUUCUGGACACUGGUGGCGGCAUUUGGUGGCAGGAGGAAUAGCUAGCGCCGUUUCAAGGACGUGCACGGCACCUUUUGACCGCUUGAGAGUCAUGAUGCAGGUUCAUAGUUUAGAGCCAACGAGAAUGAAGUUAAUUGGUGGGUUUGAGCAGAUGAUAAAAGAAGGAGGAAUUCGUUCUCUUUGGCGAGGAAAUAGUGCAAAUGUUCUUAAAAUUGCACCUGAGACGGUCAUCAAGUUCGGGGCCUAUGAACAGUAUAAGAAAUGGCUUAGUUUUGAUGGUGCUAAAACAGGAAUUAUUCAGAGAUUUGUAUCUGGUUCAUUGGCUGGUGUAACUGCUCAGACCUGUAUUUACCCCAUGGAGGUAAUAAAGACCAGACUGACUGUAGGUAAAACUGGACAGUACUCAGGGAUUAUUGAUUGUGGCAAGAAGCUUCUGAGACAAGAAGGUGUUAGAGCCUUUUUCAAAGGCUAUAUCCCUAACUUGCUAAGCAUUAUACCUUAUGCAGGCACAGAUCUUACUGUUUUUGAGCUUUUGAAGAACUAUUGGCUUGAACAUUAUGCAGGAAACUCUGUAGACCCCGGCUUAAUGAUUUUGCUGGGAUGUAGCACGUUGUCACACACCAGUGGUCAGAUAGCCAGCUUCCCUCUGACCCUUCUUAGAACACGCAUGCAGGCUCAAGCACAGAAGGAAAAAACAACAACUAUGAUUCAUCUCAUUCAAGAUAUAUAUUACAAAGAAGGAAAAAUGGGCUUUUUCAGGGGCCUCACUCCAAAUAUCAUAAAAGUGCUGCCUGCAAUAUUCAUAAGUUGUGUGGCCUAUGAAAUACUGAAAGGACCAUUUGGAUUAACGUAGAAGUGAAAUGUGAAAUUGUUGUCAUUACUGUAAUCACUUAAUUGUAAGAUAAUACCUGGGUUAUAAAGAGAAAUUGAUCUCUUCCUAAAAGGAAAGAAAGUAUCAAAUAAUUGUUAAAACAUUUUCUCUUUAUGUUUUCUAGUA